CCUCCGCCGCUCUCUCACUCAGCUCUCUAUGGUUUCCGCGCCGAGCGGCUUUAAUGCUCUCGUGCGCAUGCGCGGCCGCCCUCUCUACGUGCGUGACGUCAGCUCGCUCGCCCUAACCAGGCAAGGGAAGAAGGGAAUCGGAGUGUCGAGAAUCAUGGAGAAUUAUCAGAAGUCCAAGACUGUGGAGAAGCCAUCUCCUCCUCCUUUUACCAACCUGCCCUCUGAUAUCAUUGAAAUGAAAGUGAAGGAUGGCAGCAAAAUCCGGAACCUGAUGGGCUACGCCAUUGGCAAGAUGGAGUCUGAUGCUGUGAGGCAGGUUCUCUUCAGCGGUGCCGGCAAAGCCAUCAGCAAGACAAUCACUUGCGUCGAGAUCAUGAAGCGGAGGCUCAGAAGCCUCCACCAGAUCACGAGAGUGUUCUUCAGGCAAAUCGAGGAGAUCUGGGAGCCUAUUGUGCCAGAAGCUGGCCUGGAUCCUCUGACUGUGAAGCGAAAUAUCCCUGCCAUUUGUGUCCUGCUGAGCAAAGAUCCUCUGGACCCUCAAGAGCCAGGAUACCAGGCUCCGGGAUCUUUUGAUGCCUUCUGGCUGGACACUCUGAAAUCAGAGUCCCAGGGCCAGGCAAAGAGGAAGCAGGGUGGAGGCAGAGGGACUGGCCGGUCCGGAAAGCACCUUCGCUCUGUCGGACGGGAGGAGUCCUGCAAAAAGCCCUGACUGAGGCAAGCAUCCAAACAGAAAGAAUGGCCCAUGACAGCAAGAGAAACUGCCAGCUUAAAAUCAGGUGGAAAGAGUAGUAGAGAAAAGCUGCAGCUGGGCAAAAUGAGAGGGGAGUCUGUCUGAAUCCAGAAGCCAUGGAAGUUGGUGAGCUGAGCCUUAGGAUCUUGUGCUGUGGUGCCCCCCUCCCCCCCGACACACACACACACUCUUUUGAAUAGGCUCAGUGUUCAGCAGUGAUGAAAACAGUUUGGGGAGGAGGGGAGCCAUUAAGGCCUGCUGCCUCUCCAGCAUUGAAGAAGUCUUGUACUUUGCUGUCUAGCCAAAUUCUGUUCACAUGGAAAAGCUCGAGACAAAUUUACCUCUCAUAUAGCUGUGAAUCAGUCCAUUGUGACCAGAAAAGAAUGUUGGGCUCCUUGAAAGCCGGUGGGUUUGGGGGGUGGGUGUUUCUCAAAACUUUUAAAAUAAGAAACUUCAACCUUCCUUGAACAUCCAGGAGAAGGGUUCCUAGUUUGAUGCAGCAUGCAAAUGGAAGCUAGCUACCUGGAUCACCUUCAUUUUGCCUGUGAGGUUGUGCCAAGGACUGCUGGAUAUGCCUGUCCGUGAGGGGGAAAUGAAACGACUCGGGAGAUGCUAUGAAAUACUGAAGUGUUGUAAUUGCAGGCCCUGAAGUUAUAUUUUUGUUAAUAAAGCCAGGAGCAAUGCCUGUUGUUCCAUUA